CUCCGAAAGCAGGACCACAAUCUGAUUGGCCGUCAUGCUGUCCAGGCCUGUGGUCGGCUCAUCCAGUAAAAUGAGCUCUGCAGAGAGAAGAAGGGACACAGGGGUCACUCGGGAGCAGAGAGAGCAACACCUGCCGGCUCUGCAAAGGUGCUGAUAAGUCGUUUCCAAUUUAAAAAUAAUUAAAGGAUUAUAUUUGAAACUGACAAAGACAAUUAAAAUUGUUUUGAUAAUUCCUUUUUCACUUCAUCUAGAGCCACUCGACGGGAACACGGCCGUCUCAAUCAGAGCCCCUCGGCUGCCAGCUUGGAGAUUUUGGAUCUUUUUUCAGAGUACGGCACCUUUUUUGGCUACAGGAUGCAGUUAAUUGGUGAUACUGUAUCACUAAGUGACAUCUACAUGGUCAUUUUGUUUACAACACUUGUCGUGGCUUCCCUUUUCACUCAUUUAUAAGGCAGGGAUAUCAAGGCUGAGAGGUCGCACCUCAAUAGAAGAACAAGUGCGGCAGAAGUUAAGACCCCAUUAGCUGGAUGUGUGAAAUGAGAGAAAAUUGGAGCAAAGCAAUUUACUGGAAGAACAGGAGAUGUGAGACUCAACUCUGAUGGCCUCCUCAUUGUUCAGGACAUCCUGGAGAGCCUAAAAUCUGUGAUUUAUAGAGGGGGCUUGGACACGGUCUGAAGACAUCUGCCAGUAGGCCAUUCAAGCUAUGCUGAUCAGUUUGGAGAAGCUCUCUGUCAUCAUUCAUAAAUCUAGGUAUCGGGAUGGGCUGUUCGCUGGCCCCGACGAGGACAGCAGCUUGUACUUCACCUACAGCGGGGCACCCAACGUUCUGGAGGUCAAGCAGCUGCACUAUCAGGUCAACAUGGCUGCCCAGGUGCCGUGGUACGAGAAGCUGGCCGAGUUCCGCAUGCCCUGGGAGAUGGGCAGAGAUGACGUGUCUGUGAUCGGGAACCUCAACCUGAAGGUGCAAAGCGGCCAAAUGCUGGCAGUCAUUGGCAGCUCAGGCUGCGGGAAGACCUCCCUGCUGGACAUCAUCACUUGCAGAGACGAGGGCGGCAAGAUUGCAUCUGGCGAGCUUCUGAUCAAUGGAAAGCCCAGUUCGCCUCAGCUGGUCAGGAAGUGCAUUGCCCACGUGAGACAGUCGGACCGCCUGCUGCCCCACCUGACUGUCCGGGAGACGCUGACAUUUGUGGCGAGGCUGCGUCUGCCCGUUCACUUCACCGACAAGCAGCGGGAGCAGAGGGUUGAAGAUGUGAUCGCUGAGCUGAGACUGCGCCAGUGUGCGAACACACGGGUUGGCAAUGAGUACAUCCGGGGCGUUUCUGGUGGCGAGAGGCGGCGGGUGAGCAUCGCUGUGCAGCUGCUGUGGAACCCAGGGAUCCUCAUCCUCGAUGAGCCGACCUCCGGACUGGACAGCUUCACAGCACACAAUCUGGUGAUCACGCUGUCCAGACUGGCGAGGGGCAACCGCCUGGUGCUCUUGUCGGUCCACCAGCCUCGCUCCGACAUCUUUCAGCUCUUCGACCUGGUGGUGCUCCUGUCUACGGGGUCAGUGGCCUACUGCGGGGCAGCCAAGGACAUGGUGCCCUACUUCACCACCCUGGGGUAUCCCUGCCCUCAGUACUGCAACCCGUCGGACUUUUAUGUUGAUCUGAUCAGCAUUGACAGGCGCAGCCGAGAUCAAGAGGCCCAGUGCGAGCAGAGGGCGCGGGAACUGACCGUCCAGUUCUGGGAUAAGGUGAAGGACACCGAUGACUUCAUCUGGAGACCCGCCGAGAUCAACGGUGCGGAUUCAGCUUCUACCAGUGACACCAGUUCCACCUCGAAGGCCCCUGAGGAGGUCAUCAAUGUUCCGACCAAAUCCAAGGACCAGUUGCCAGGAAGCCUGCAGCAGUUUUCCAUUUUGUUGCGACGCCAGGUCUCCAAUGACUUCCGAGACCUGCCAACUCUGCUCAUCCAUGGCUGUGAGGCUCUGCUGAUGUCCCUGCUGAUUGGCUUUCUGUACUUCGGUGCUGGUGACACCAAGCUGUCCAUCCAGGACACCGUAGUCCUGCUGUACAUGAUGACAGCUCUCACGCCAUUUGCUGUGGUCUUGGAUGUCAUUGCCAAGUGCCACUCUGAGAGGGCGAUGAUCUUCCACGAGCUCGAGGACGGCAUGUACUCCAUCACAGCCUACUUCUUUGCUAAGGUGAUCGGAGAGCUCCCAGAGCACUGUGCCUUCACGCUGGUAUACGCGGUGCCAAUCUACUGGCUGGCAGGCCUCACUGCAGAGACUGGACCUUUCCUGUUGAACUUCCUCAUCGUCUGGCUCGUGGUGUACUGUAGCCGUGCUAUGGCCUUAUGGACCGCAUCUCUCCUACCGACACUGCAACUGUCCUCCUUCAUGGGCAACGCACUCUUCACCACCUUCUACCUCACGGGCGGCUUUGUCAUCAGCCUAGAGAACAUGUGGAUGGUGGCAGCGUGGUUCUCCAAAAUCUCCUUCCUGAGGUGGGGAUUUGAAGGGCUCAUGCAAGUCCAGUUCAUAGGACUGAAGUACAAGAUGACGCUUGGAAACUUCACGUUCCAUAUUGACGGGAGUCAGGUCGUGGAGGCAAUGGACUUGAAUUCUGACCCACUCUAUGCCUGCUACCUCGUCUUGCUGGCCGUCUGCGUCUUCUUCAUGGUUUUCUACUACCUGUGCCUCAAAUUCAUCAGCCAGAAGUCAAGCCAGGACUGGUGAUCUGCUAGGCUCUCUGAAGAAGCAAUAUGUGCCACUAGAUGGCAGCAUGGCACCACGCACAAGGCACAUGAGAACACCCUGUGGGAAAGACUGGCGCUGCCUGCCGUUUUCACUGAUUUUCUGACUGAACGGACUUUAUUGACUGUGGCCUGCAUGAUGAUGAUGGGGGGUGUUUAGGCUGAUGGCAUCUUGUCACCUCCAGGGUUGUUCAUACUGCAGGUGUCACUUUCCUGUCAUUUUGAUGCGAGUGUCUCGGGCCAGCUUCCAAAUGUCAAAGGCGCUCUGAAACCUUGGUGUGCAGUUAAAGGGGCGUCUUGAUGGAGAAGUGCUGCCAGGUGUGAUGGAUGAUUCAAGCCUAAAUCUUACUUAUUGUUUCUGCAUAAAUAUUUCAGAUUAAAACACACGUGAAGACCCGA